AUGCACAACAAAUAUACAACAGCUCCGAUCCCCCUCAACUUGACGAUGGCGAACGCAUCACCACCUGAGAUUGAGAAUCUGCUUCAGGAGAACAACCGACUUACGAAAGAAUUACAACAUGAGAAGAUCGUCUUUGCGAAGUCAACAGAAGACCUACGUGGAAGGCUGUGUAGAGAGCGCAAGGCCUUUGACACCUUUGUGAAGUCAACCGAUAAGGAGCGUGAGGAACUAUUCAAGGAGCUCAUCAGAGAACGCCAGACGUUUAGCAAGCUUGGGGGUACAUUUGAAAAACUGCUGAAUCAGAAGUCCGUCUCUGCUAGUUCAGCCAGAGAAUUUCAUCAACAGAUCAAUCUCCUUCAAACUUUGGUAUCCAAACUCCAACUUCACUCUCACCAACAGACCCCAGAUGUGAGUGAUGUCUCAAGUAGUUACACGCAAGUUUUUCCAAGAUUUGGUUCGCUUCCAUUAGAAUUACGCAGGUAUGUCAUUCAUCUGAAUACAUAGCCUCCCAGCAUAUUGACAAAGUAGGAUGAUUUGGAUGUUUGCCUCUAUCGCUCCUCAAGUACAUGUCAUAUCACAUGACACUACAGCUAAAAUUCCCAACCGCUCAAGAGCAAAGCCAAUCAUGAACACUUGCAAGGAGGCCAGAGAUGUUGUUUGCAAACUACAACUUGGCUACACUUGUGCAGAUAGAGAUCUUAGCGGCGUUAGUGGGCGCAUGAUACCCCAGUCUCUUCAGCACCGGAUAUUUUCCACAUACGAACACGACAACUUUUGGUUCACUGGAAAAUGCUUCAGCCUGAUUUUGAAUAACUAUGGGUCCUGCUUUGCUUACUGCAACAUGACCGCUGGGAAUCGCGGAUCUGAGUUCCAUGAGAGCAGAUAUCACCCUGUUCCAACUGGAAGACAACCACGACCACGGCUACGUAGAAUGCCAAUGAACCUUGAUGAUUUCUUUGUACCUGCAUCUACAAAGAAACGUGGCGCAAAUCGCUUUCUGGGAAACAGCUGGACACCAGUGUGGGAUUCGGCGGCUAUCUAUGGCAAAAUGGUGUUGAAGAGCUUCUACUUGUGGUCGAGAGCUUCGGGAACUUUAACUACGAAAGAGAUGUCGUUUUUGUCCCACCAGACGAACAGGGGAGGGCGAACAUUUUGCAUGGCUGGCGCAGACGCAAUGGCGGCGAUUCGCGCGCAGGGUUCGCUACAAAAUGGGAUUUUUCUGAAAAGAUCUUGUAUCAUGAGUUGA